AUGCUCGUUGAUUAUGUCGCCAACAGAGUUUACAAGGACAUCUUCGAGCUGGAGAGGGAUGACAACUGGAAAGUCCUUGUUCUUGACUCGAUGACAACGAAGAUCCUUUCGCAGUCGACAAAGAUGAGCGAUUUGUUGAAAGAAAAGAUCGUAAUUGUCGAGGACUUGAAUAAAAAAAGGCGGCCGAUGCCAGACGUCGACGCGAUUUACUUCAUCACUCCAACAAGAAUGUCCCUGAGCAUCGUUGUUGAUGAUUUCGUGAAGAGAGACCAGUAUAAAUGCAUUCAUCUCUAUCUCACUGAUCGCCUUCCGGAUUAUCUUUUCUCCUUCAUCGCAACAUCUCGAGCUGGAAAGAAGAUUUCCUCAUUACGCGAAAUAGAUGUUGCGUUCCUGCCCUUUGAGUCCCGCGUCUUUCUUCUGGACGAGCCUAAAUUUUACAAACGAAUAAUCGAUGACUCUUAUCGUCAGAGGAAACUAGAGAGGCUGGCCGAGCAACUCAAUACCGUUGCCAUCGCCCUUGGUGGCGAUUUCGACAUGUACUUUCAGUCUCAAAUAUGCAAUUGCGUUGACCUGGCUUCAUUGACCAGAAAGAAGUUGAACCAGAAUGGAAGACUUGCCUCCACUAUCGGCGAUUUGAUAAUUGUUGACAGAAGUUACGAUCCCUUCGCGCCUCUUCUUCACGAACUCACUUAUCAGGCGAUGGCUUACGAUGUCCUCCGAGCUGAUGGAGACAUCGUCACAGUUGAAGAUAGACAACUACUUCUUGAUGAAACCGAGGACAAGACAUGGGCAAGCCUCAGGCAUUUACACAUGGCAGAUGUGAUGAAAAAAUUAGCUAAUAAAUACGAUGACCUCAUGGCUAGACAGCGUGGAUUGAACAAGUCUGAUGGCUCGACUAAAUCUCUCGCAAACUUGAUGCGCCGCCUUCCGCAUUUUCAGAAGCAAAUUCAAGAACUUGAACGGCACAUUUCUAUCUCAGAGGUGCUCGAUCGAAAUUAUGAUUCGUGGAUUGAUGAUUUGUGCGAUGCGGAGCAAGAUCUUGCUUGCGAUUCAGCAGAUAAGCCGAUUAAAGCUGUAAUUCCUUGGAUUUUAAACAAGGAAUUAUCAGAAGAGAUGAAGAUGCGUCUCAUUCUUCUCCUUUGCCAUAAUAAGAAAGGCCUCGAGGAAGAAAAGAUCAAUCAAUUGCUGAAAAAUGCUGGUAUCCAUGAAGAAAAGUGGAAGAUCGUCAAGAACAUGCGAUAUUUCAAUGCAACUGUUAUCGAUAAAGACCUGCCAAUCGUAACAAAGAUGCCGAAAAGAAAACAGAACGAGGAAGACAUAAAAUUCACAGACUCCAGAUACAUAUCGCGAAUCACCGAUUUGAUCCAUUUCGCGCAGGUGGGAGAACUUGAUGAGAGGAUUUUCAAUAAAAUUCAAUCAGUCAAGCCCAAGAUGUCAAGUUUAAAAUCUGGAACUCAAAAGCGAAAGACAGUUGUUUUUAUCCUCGGAGGAGUUGCUCCUUCUGAGAUGCGCGCAGCAUACGAGCUUUCAAAUCAAACUUUCAAGGCUUCUUCGAGCUGGUUUACAUCUAAAAAUACUUGUUCAUUUACUUCCGAUAUUUACAUCGGAUCAUCUCACAUCGCCAUGCCUCACACUCAGCUUCAAAUGUUCUCUGAUGUUUGA